GCCACACAGACACGGCAGCUAACAGGUUCGUCCAUCUUCUUGUAUGCCUCGUACAUGCACGGACCCCCGGCAUUCAUUAUUUUAACGUAUAUUCGGGGACAUUUGUCAUGAGGCUCCCAUAUUGUUAAUUACAAGCGGAUAUUAGUACGAGUUCAAAAGGAGCUGCACGUGGGUGUGUAUUAGGAAAGGUAAAGGUACCUUUCUGUCAAGAUGUCAUACCCACCUCACCUGAACCGGAUUCCACAGCUGCCUCCAGGGAUGCCCCCUCCUCAGUUUGGGGGUUACCCUCACGCUGUGCCCCCAGGGGCUCCAAUGAUUCCAGUUCACAUGGGCAUCAUGGCACCAGCACCGGUACUGAUGCCAUCGGCGAUGACCGUAACGCAGAAGGCCACUAUUGCCAGGAAGGAAAUGAUUACGGCUCAAGCUAAGGCCACAGCAGCGAACAGCAGCGGCGGCAACAACACCACAGGCACCGCCACCACAGGCGGCCCCACCACCACAGUGUUCGUGGGCAACAUCUCGGAGAAGGCCUCAGAUCAGCUCGUCAGACAGCUACUAUCGAAGUGUGGCUUGGUGCUCAGCUGGAAAAGGGUCCAGGGAGCAUCUGGAAAACUUCAAGGUAAAAACAAAGCAGCGUUUGGCUUCUGUGAGUAUAAGGAGCCUGAGUCCACGCUGCGUGCCCUGCGGCUGCUGCAUGAGCUGCAGCUGGGGGACAAGAAGCUGCUGGUGAAGGUGGAUGCCAAGACCAAGGCCCAGCUGGAGGAGUGGAAGGCCAAGAAGAGGAACGCUAACGGGGCAGCAAAGCCCGUUGACAAGAAGGAUGCAAAGGAGGAAGACGAGGAAGAGGAGGAGUGCUUGGACGAGGAGACCAAGCGCCGGGACCAGAUAGUGAAAGUGGCAAUCGAAGGCCUAAUUCGUGAGUACUCCAGUGAGCUCAAUGCCCCUUCUCAGGACUCGGACUCUCACCUCCGCAGGAAGCGCAAAGACAAGAAAGAGGAGGAGGAUAUCAACGCCAUGGAGAUGGAGGAUGAUAAGAGAGACUUGAUCUCACGAGAGAUCAGCAAGUUCAGAGACACUCACAAGAAACUGGAGGAGGAGAAGGAGAAGGAUCGCGUGGAGCAGGAGAAGGAGCGCCGGGAGCGGGACAAAGAGCGCGAGCGCGAGCGGGAACGGCGGGAUCGCGAGCGCGAGAAGGAGAGGGAACGAGAGAAGCUGAAGGAACGAGAGAAGGAGAGAGAGAGGGACCGCGACCGAGACAGAGACCGAGAAAGGGACCGAGACAGAGAGUGGGAGAGAAACAAGGAGAGAGAACGAGAACGAGAGAGGGAGCGGGAAAGGGAGGAGAGGAGCAAUGACCGCAGUAGGUCCAGGGAGCGUAAUCGGGAGGAGAAGAAGCGGGAGAGAGAGGAGGAUGAGGAGGAGGCGUACGAGCGACGCAAACUAGAGAGGAAACUCCGGGACAAGGAGGUCGCCUACCAGGAGCGCUUGAAGAACUGGGAGAUCAGGGAGAGGAAGAAGGCUCGGGACUACAGCAAAGAUGGCGAGAGGGAGGAGGAGAGACGCAGAGAAAUGGCUAAAGAGGCCAAGAGGCUGAAAGAGUUUCUGGAGGAUUACGACGAUGAUCGAGACGACCCCAAAUACUACAGGGGGAGCGCUCUGCAGAAGCGUCUGCGGGACCGGGAGAAGGAGCAGGAGCUGGACGAGAGGGACCGCAAGAGGGAGAAGGAGGAGCACGAGGAGAUCCGCCAAAGGCUGUUGGCCGAGGGCCACCCAGACCCCGACGCUGAGCUCCAGAGGAUGGAGGAGGAGGCCGAGCAGCGUAGACAGCCUCCACCGAAACCCGAAGAGCCAGAAGAACCGGCAGCGGUGGCACCCAGGGAGCACGGCCACCGAGAGCAGCGCGACAGAGAGCGCGAGCGGGACAGAGAGCGCGGCCUGGAGCGAGAGGGCGACCGAGAGCGAGACAGAGAGAGAGAGCACAGGGUUGCAGCAGCGGAGCGUCUCGCCUCAUCAGCAGCAGUAGCAGCAGAACCACCACCUCCAUCACAUCAUCCACCAUCAUCACACAAUGCCCAUCGCUCCCCAGACCAGGACGAUGAGGAUGAUGAUGGGCCAGAGGACGACGUGGGGGAUCUAGAGGAUGAUGAUGAUGAUCGGAGUGUGGGAGCGGAGGAAGAGGAGGAGGCCAGACCUCCGUACCUGAAGGCCACCAUGAGGCCCGUCGCCGCCUCCGCACGCUCCGUGUCCUCGGCCAGUGGCAACGGAACGCCGCUCACCCCCGGUGACAAUGACAGCGACUCCCCCUGUGGCAUCAUCAUCCCCCAUGAGAACUCUCCCCCCGAGCUGCAGCAGCCACCCCCACACCACCACCAGGAGGGCAGGCCCAAGAUCGGACUCAGCCUCAAGCUCGGUGGCUUGAGUAGCCCCAGCCAGCCCCACGGAGGGAAGCGCAAGAAACUGACGGUGGAGAGCGUCUUCACCCGCUUCCAGGAGGACGAAGAGGCCGAGGCACCCCGCAAACGCAAGCUGGUGCCCCUGGACUACGGAGAGGACGAGCGGGCCUAUGAGCGGGGUGCCAGUGGUGGCGGUGGAGGGGGUGGUGGUGCCAUUACCAACCUGGGCAACAUGGGGCUGGACGGCCUGGAUGUCAGUGCCACCAAAGGGGGCGCCAACAGCGAGGAGAAGCGGCGCCACAUCAAGAGCCUGAUUGAGAAGAUCCCCACCGCCAAGAAUGAGCUCUUCUCCUACCCGCUCGACUGGGCUACCGUGGACUCGACACUAAUGGAGAGGAGAAUCAAGCCGUGGAUCAACAAGAAGAUCAUCGAGUACAUCGGAGAAGAGGAGGCCACGCUGGUGGACUUUGUCUGCUCCAAGGUGAUGGCCCACAGCACCCCACAGAGUAUACUUGAUGAUGUCGCCAUGGUGUUGGACGAGGAAGCGGAGGUCUUUAUAGUCAAAAUGUGGCGGCUGCUCAUCUACGAAACCGAGGCCAAGAAGAUAGGACUGGUGAAAUAAGGACUAACUGAAACCAGGCUGAAUUUUGGGGUGAGCCUAUCCACCCUGGCUUGGCAUCGAACCCCCCCCCACUCCACCCCCUUCCUAUCGACUAUUUAUUUGCAACCCCCCAUGGCAGAGACUCCGGGGGGCCCUGAGUGAGAAGCUGGCACGACCAUGAGAGUGUGGCACGCCCCUAACGACCACCUCUCUUGCUAAGAGGAAAGGCUCCUGUACAAAGCUGUGGCUGCUGCUUGGUGUGUGUGUGUGCGUGCGUGCGUGCGUGCGUGCGUGCCUGCGUGC